CCUCAGUGGCCGGGCAUGGCGGAAACGGCGGCGGCCGGCGGCGGCGGGCAGGGGCCGGCCCCGGCCCCGGCCCCGUGUGAGGAGGGCGCGGAGCUGGCCGCCGUCAUCGGCGCCACCGUGCCCACAGGGUUCGAGCUGACGGCGGCCGAAGAGGUGCAGGAGAAGCUGGGCUCGGCCUCCAGGAUCAGCAGGGACCGGGGCAAGAUCUACUUCGAGGUCCCGGCCGGGAGCCUGCCGCAGGUGCACCGCCUGAGGUCAGUGGAUAACUUAUUUGUCGUUGUUCAGGAGUUCAAGGACUAUCAAUUCAAAGCAAGCAAGGAAGAUGCCCUAAAGGAUUUGGAAGACUUGGUUAAAAAGCUGCCUUGGAGCAACCCCUUGAAGGUUUGGGAGCUGAACAACAGCUUGAAAAAGAGAAAGAGCAGGCGCAAGAAGCUGAGCGCGCAGCGUGCCGCCAGCAGAGAGAAGCUGCAGGAGGAGGGGGAGCAGCAAGGCUCAGAGCCAAAGGGCACAAGCAGAGAGGAGGCCUCUGCCCAGAGCUCUGCCAGUGUGGAGCCCACCCAUGACCGGGACACGGGGGAGCCACAAGCGGCAGAGGCCCAGAACGGGGAGGAGGAGCAGGAGGAGGAUGCCGAGGAGGAGCUGCAGGAGGGCCCUGGGAGCGAGGCCAAGGCGGGCACGAGGGUGCUGAAGUUCCGAGUCACCUGCAACAGGGCAGGGGACAAGCACAGCUUCACCUCCAACGAGGCUGCCAGGGACUUCGGGGGAGCUGUGCAGGAGCACUUCCAGUGGAAGGCUGACAUGACCAACUUCGAUGUAGAGGUUCUUCUGAACAUCCACAACAGUGAAGUAGUUGUGGGCAUUGCCCUGACUGAGGAGAGCCUGCACAGGAGGAACAUCACUCACUUCGGCCCCACCACCCUGCGCUCCACGCUGGCGUAUGGCAUGCUGAGGCUCUGUGAUCCUCAGCCAACAGACAUCAUCGUGGACCCCAUGUGUGGCACUGGUGCAAUCCCCAUAGAGGGAGCCACGGAGUGGCCGAGCUGCUACCAUAUCGCUGGAGACAACAGCCCACAGGCCGUGAAGAGAGCAGCAAACAACAUCUGCUCUUUGCUGAGGAAGCAGGAGAGUAAGGAAAGCAGCACCGCCCCAGGCAUAGCCCUGGACAUCAUCCAGUGGGACAUCUGCAACCUGCCGCUGCGCACUGGCUGCGUGGACAUCGUUGUCUCGGACAUGCCCUUCGGGAAGAGGAUAGGGUCGAAGAAGAAGAACUGGGACCUGUACCCAGCCUGCCUGCUGGAGAUGGGCCGGAUCUGCACGCCAGGGACUGGCAGGGCUGUGCUGCUGACACAGGACAAGAAGUGCUUCGCCAAGGCCUUGUCGCGGCUGGGCCACAUCUGGCGCAAGGGGCAGACGGUGUGGGUGAACGUCGGGGGGCUGCACGCCGCUGUCUACCUGCUGAGGCGCACCUGGGAGCGCGCCGAGGAGAGGAGAGCCUUCUGGUGACCUGCCUGGGGCCCAGGGACCGCCCCAGGGACCGCCCCAGGGACAGCCCCAGAGCCUGCGGAGCAGCCCGGAGCUGAGCGAGCAGAGCUCCUGAGCAAAGCAACCAAACCACCUGUCUGGAGGCUGUGUAACAAAUACUAACCUGGGGACC